GCGGCCGAGGCUCCAGGGUCAGCCCAAGUGGCCGGACUAUGCGGUCGUCCAACCCUUCACCGGGACCUGCGCACCGGCCGCUGGGAACCAGACCCGCAGCGCUCACAGCGCUGUCUCCGGGACCCGCAGCGCGUGCUGGAGUACUGCAGACAGAUGUAUCCAGAGCUGCAGAUUGCACGUGUGGAGCAGGCUACACAAGCCAUUCCCAUGGAGCACUGGUGUGGGGGUGUCCGGGGCGGCCAUUGUGCCCAUUCCCACCACCAGGUUGUGCCUUUCCACUGCCUGCCUGGUGAAUUUGUGAGUGAGGCCCUGCUGGUACCUGAAGGCUGCCGGUUCUUACACCAGGAGCGCAUGGACCAGUGCGAGAGUUCAACCAGGAGGCAUCAGGAGGCGCAGGAGGCUUGCAGCUCCCAGGGCCUCAUCCUGCAUGGCUCGGGCAUGCUUUUGCCCUGUGGCGCAGAUCGGUUCCGCGGUGUGGAGUAUGUGUGCUGCCCCCCUCCAGUGACCCCCGACCCGUCUGGGACAGCAGUUGGUGACCCUUCCACCCGGUCCUGGCCUCUGAGGGGCAGAGUAGAGGGAGGUGAGGAUGAGGAAGAGGAGGAAUCCUUCCUACAGCCAGUAGAUGAUUACUUCGUGGAGCCUCCACAGGCUGAAGAGGAAGAAGAGGAGGAAAAAGUCCCACCCCCAAGCUCCCAUACCCCUGCAGUAGUCAGCAAAGUCACUCCCACCCCAAGGCCCACAGAUGGUGUGGAUGUUUACUUUGGCAUGCCUGGGGAAAUCAGUGAGCACGAGGGGUUCCUGAGGGCCAAGAUGGACCUGGAAGAACGUCGAAUGCGCCAGAUUAAUGAGGUGAUGCGUGAAUGGGCCAUGGCAGACAACCAGUCCAAGAACCUGCCUAAAGCUGACAGACAGGCCCUGAAUGAGCACUUCCAGUCCAUUCUGCAGACCCUGGAGGAGCAGGUGUCUGGUGAGCGACAGCGCCUCGUGGAGACCCAUGCCACCCGAGUCAUCGCCCUUAUCAACGACCAGCGCCGGGCUGCCCUGGAGGGUUUCCUCGCAGCACUGCAGGGGGAUCCACCUCAGGCAGAGCGUGUGUUGCUGGCCCUGCGGCGCUACCUGCGUGCAGAGCAGAAGGAGCAAAGGCACACGCUGCGGCACUACCAGCACGUGGCUGCCGUGGAUCCUGAGAAGGCCCAGCAGAUGCGCUUCCAGGUGCAGACCCACCUGCAAGUGAUUGAGGAAAGGAUGAAUCAAAGCCUGGGCCUGCUUGACCAGAAUCCUCGCCUAGCUCAGGAGCUGCAGCCCCAGAUCCAGGAGCUACUCCGCUCUGAACAUCUGGGCCCCAAUGAAUUGGAAGCUCCUGCCUCGGGGGGCAGCAGUGAGGACAAAGGUGGGCUGCAGCCACCAGAUUCCAAGGAUGACACGCCCAUGACCCUUCCAAAAGGGUCCACAGAACAAGAAGCUGCGUCUCCUGGGAAAGAGAAGAUGUCCCCCCUGGAGCAGUAUGAGCAGAAGGUGAAUGCAUCUGUUCCAAGGGGCUUUCCUUUCCAUUCAUCAGAGAUUCAGAGAGAUGAGCUGGCGCCAGCGGGUACAGGCGUGUCCCGUGAGGCUGUGUCGGGUCUGCUGAUCAUGGGAGCGGGAGGGGGCUCGCUCAUCGUCCUCUCCAUGCUGCUCCUGCGCAAGAAGAAGCCCUAUGGGGCCAUCAGCCACGGAGUGGUGGAGGUGGACCCUAUGCUGACCCUGGAGGAGCAGCAGCUCCGUGAACUGCAGCGGCAUGGCUACGAGAACCCCACCUACCGCUUCCUGGAGGAACGACCCUGAACCUACCCCUUCAUCUUCGCCCAGACCCGCCCUCUUCCUGGAGCCUCCCAGCUUAGGCUGGGAGGUGGUCUUGGAAAGUUCAUUUCACACCCUUUGUGAGAGGGCUGGAAAUUCUUAUUUCCGCUUCUAAUUCCAAAUUCCAUCCCCAAGAAAUCCCCAGUUGUUCCCAGCUGCCUCCCGACUUGGGACCUCCUCACCUUAAUUUAUUUUGCAAGGCGACCUGAAGGUGCUCCUUAAGGUGACUGCCACCUUGGUCCCAGUGUCUGUUGUUCACCCUCCCACGUUUCCCCACUAACAUCCCAAUAAAGUCUUCUUCCCCAC